UAAGUAAUGAUAACAACAAAUUGCGGCACUAAUUAAUUAAAAUCGUUUUCUUGCAUAAUUGAUGAGGCAAACAAAACGUUGAACACAAAGUUUAAUCCAUAUACAGUUACACCAACAUGUUUAAUCACUUUGCAAUAUUUCUAAUGCAUAUCGUGGUGGUCUUUGCCUGUCUAUUGGCCACGUCGAUGGCUCUGAGCACCGACACGGGCAGCGAGGGCAACGGCGUCAAUGUGGGCGGCUCUACGCUCAAUAAUGUCAUCAGCGAAGAUCCCGAAUUCACAGAAGUGAUUGAGAACAUUACUGUACCCGCGGGGCGUAAUGUCAAAUUGGCCUGCUCGGUCAAGAAUCUGGGCUCCUACAAGGUGGCGUGGAUGCACUUUGAGCAAUCGGCCAUUCUUACUGUACACAACCAUGUGAUAACGCGUAACCCGAGGAUUAGUGUGACCCAUGACAAGCAUGACAAGCAUCGCACCUGGUUCCUGCACAUUAACAAUGUCCAGGAGGAGGACAAGGGACGUUACAUGUGCCAGAUCAAUACAGUGACGGCCAAGACCCAAUACGGCUUUGUCAAAGUUGUUGUGCCACCGAACAUCGACGAUGCCCUGACCUCCAGCGACGUCAUCGUGCGAGAGGGAGAUAACGUGACGCUGCGUUGCAAGGCGAAAGGCAGCCCCGAGCCGACCAUCAAAUGGAAGCGAGACGAUGGCCACAAGAUUGUCAUAAAUAAAACGCUCGAAGUGAACGACCUGGAGACGGACUCGCUUGAACUGGAGCGCAUCUCGCGGCUGCAUAUGGGCGCCUAUCUGUGCAUUGCCUCAAACGGUGUGCCGCCCAGCGUCUCGAAGCGAAUCAAAGUCAGCGUGGACUUUUCCCCCAUGGUUUGGAUCCCACAUCAGCUGGUGGGCAUACCCAUGGGCUUCAAUGUGACGUUGGAGUGCUUCAUUGAGGCGAAUCCCACAUCGCUAAACUACUGGACACGCGAAAAUGAUCAAAUGAUCACGGAAUCAUCAAAGUACAAAACCGAAACAAUUCCGGGCCAUCCAUCGUACAAGGCGACCAUGCGUCUGACGAUCACCAAUGUCCAGGGCAGCGAUUAUGGCAACUACAAGUGUGUCGCCAAAAAUCCUCGUGGCGACAUGGAUGGCAACAUAAAGCUUUACAUGUCGAGUCCACCCACCACACAGCCACCGCCCACAACCACAACACUGCGGCGCACGACAACCACAACAAUGGCAAACACUUUGGAUGGCCCCAACGCCCCGCUGAAUGGCCUAGGCGGUGGAGGGCCAACGAAUUCGGUGAUUGUGAUUGACAAAUUGGGCAUCAAAUAUCAAUCGAAUCUGAAUGAGAUUGACAAAUCCGAACAGAAACUGACAGGCAACAAUCCCAAGGGCUAUGAUUGGUCCAAGGGCAAGGGCAGCGCCAGUCGUCUCCAUCGUUCCCUAAUGAUUUGCUGGCUCCCGACAACCCUCUCACUGCUGCUGGCAACGCACUCGCAUCGUUAGAGCUGCAUUGCAAUGGAAAAUAUAUCCUUAUAUUAUAUAUAUAUAUUUAUAAAGUGCC